AUGGCUCCCAGAUUCAAGGAUGGAGAUGCCGUGGUUGCCAUCAAUGGCAAAUGGGUUGCUUGGACUCACACCGUAGUUGCAUACACGGCUUUUUUCAGCGCAUUGAUCGUGGGUGUAGCUUUACAUUAUCACAAGAUCGUCCAGAACGAACACUUUGGCUAUCCCGAUGAAUGGUUUCCCUCCGUAUCCGCGACAAUCGGCGACCGUUACCCCGAGCGUGCUUUCUUCCAGGUCUUCAUUGCAAUCACCUCCGGUCCCCGCUUCCUCCUCGUUUUCCUGUGGUACGUGCUCACGGCGCGUCCCAAUUCCACUCUGCCCAAGUUAGUCGCCGGUGUUGGUAUCUUCCGUACCUUGACUUGUGGUGGUUGGACUUAUGUCACAUCUACCGAUGAUCAUGACUGGCACGAUAUCUUCAUGAUCUCUUACUUGGUUGCUACGCUGCCGUGGACUCUCGGUUGCCUGGCACUGAGCCCUAACAACCGCCGCGCCGUCAAGUACCGCAAGAUCGCAGCUAGUCUGUUCUUUGGAACUCUUGUGCCACUGAUCUACUAUUUCAUUCAGCACAAGGUCCACAAGGUUCCUGGUGCUUACACCCGCUAUGCCUUCUUUGAGUGGUCCUUGAUCUUGUUCGAUGUUGGAUUUGAUGCUAUUACAGUGCUCGACUUUGAGGGUUUUGAAUUGGUGGUACGCGAUGUGAAGGGAAUUAGCAGAGGGCAGUUGAAGACGACUGCGGACUCUGUCCUUGAAAAAGAGAAGGGAAAGCCCGUGGGUAACACCUUUGGCGAAGGGUUCUUCUGGACGGAGAUCCUUGAUGCUGCCGCCGACGUUUACAACGGAUUCGUCUUCUGGACCAUUGUCACCGGUCUCCCCGUUCUGGUGUGGUACUUCCCACUGUGGCACAUGGGUAUCUCUGGCUAUGAGGUUGCCAUUGUUGCCUGUGUUUCUCCUCUCCUCUUCGCCAUUCCCUCCUUGAGAUCCGCUGCCACCAAGAACCUGCGUCUUCUUCAUCUUACUUCUCUUGUGGCCCUCUUGGCCUACAAGUUUGAGGACCCUGCUAACCGGUUGUUCAUCACCGCGUUUGCCUUGUCCAGCACUUGCGCCGCAUGGGUUGCUAGCUUCUUUGCCGAGCGUGGAAACACGCCCCGCCUUGAGGCCCGCAUCAUGGGCUGGGGUAUUGGUCUGAUCAUGUCUGUUGUUGCCAAAUUCGCCUGCACUACCAACAACCCCCUUUGGCCUAUCAUGCACGGCAACAACGGUGGCUGGAACAAGAUCGGCCUCUUCCUUGCCGUCCUUGCGGUCUUGCGUUCCCAGAGAGGCUCUCUUACCAGUGGAAGCGACUAUUUGCCGGCUGGUAGCAAGAAGGGCUCAUCCCUCUUGGCUGCUAUUGGAUUUGGAGGUCUCCUCUUUGCUAUUGUUUCGCUCCUGACUGACUCUAGCACUAUGAUCUCCUGGGUUUGGGAAGGUUACCCCGUUCGUGGACCUAUUGCUGUGCCUCACGGUGCUGUGACCAUCUUCGUCAUGGGCGCUGGUCUGGUUUAUGGUGUUUUCCACCCUGCCGUAGCCGGUAGCUGGACUGCUUAUGGCAUUGGUUCUGUCGGUGCCGCUCUUUUGACUUACUACCACCACUGGACCGGAUACUACGGUGCGCUUGCCUUUGCCUUCUAUAUCAUGGCUGUCACCCCCGUUAUUAUUACCUCCGGCGUCCGCCACUCUCCUGCCAGCACAUUCGGCAUUGGUUUCAUUCUCUACGUUUUCCUUUUGCUCUUCCAUGUCUGGGUUGUUGCCUACGCUUUCGUACCCGGUGGUCCACUCGUCCGUGAGCGCACUGACUGGGUCAUGAUUGUGACCAUGUUGUCCAUCGGUGCUGGUGUGUUCUCCGCCGCCACCUCCAACUCCGGCCGCACUCGCAGCAAGCCCGUCAGCCCUAACAGCAAGCGUCAACGCUCCUACUACAUCUACGUGCUUGCCGCACUGCAGCUCCUUUCUGUCUCUGUGGCAUACCUGCGCUUCCCCACCAACGACUACAAGCCCCACCACCCCGAGGAGAAGAUUGUCACCGCUGGUAUUUGGACCGUUCACUUUGGUCUGGACAAUGACAUGUGGGCUGCAGAGCGUCGUAUGCGCGAUGUCAUUGGCGAACUUGAGCUCGAUGUCAUCGGUUUCCUGGAAUCGGAUAACCAGCGUAUCAUCAUGGGCAACAAGGAUAUCACCCAAUAUAUUGCCGAGGACCUUGGCUACUAUGCUGACUUCGGUCCUGGUCCCAACAAGCACACUUGGGGCUCGGCUCUCCUCUCCAAAUUCCCUAUUGUCAACUCGACCCACCACCUUCUUCCCUCGCCUGUUGGUGAGCUAGCCCCCGCCAUCCAUGCCACUCUGGACAUGUACGGCGAGAUGGUUGACAUUGUAGUCUUCCACUCUGGUCAGGAGGAGGAUCCCGAGGAUCGUCGUCUUCAGUCCCAGUACCUUGCGAAGCUGAUGGGCUCAUCCCCUCGUCCGCUGAUUCUGUUGAGUUACCUGGUCACCAAGCCUCUUGAGGGUAACUACAACACCUAUGUCAGUGAACUGAGCGGAAUGAACGACAUCGACAACACCGACUGGGAGAGAUGGUGCGAGUAUGUUCUUUACAAGAAGAUCCACCGUACCGGAUACGCCAGAAUCAGCCGUGACACUAUCACCGAUACUGAGAUUCAGGUCGGUAAAUUCGUUGUUGGUGAGCCAGAGCCAGAGAAUGAGAUGCGUGUCCCCGAAGAAAUGGUCCCAGUUGGCCGCCGAUUCCCAGCCUUGUUCCGAGGCGAUGGUGUCCGUGGUCAUCGCUACCACGUCUUCGACGAACCCCGUUACUGGCAGUAA